AUGUAUUCCCUUCUUUUCGCCCUAGGUAUGCUCGCAGUGACGGCGAGGGCCUCUUAUGACUCGAAGCCCUUCGACAACUUCGUCACCUUUGGGGACAGCUACACGGACAAUGAAUCUGGGGGCCUUGCCUGGGGCCAGUUCGUCGAGCAGUCCACCGGGGCAGCGUAUUUCGAUUAUGCUGUGUCUGGCGCGACCUGCUCGAACGAAAUCGUGGCUCGUUACCUCGCGGGACUCAACCGGACGUUCCCAGCGGUGCUUGAGGACCAGCUACCCAGCUUCGUCGCGGACGUCCAGUUUGAGACGCUCUACGCGAACCGGUCAGCGGAUAAUACCGUGUACGCGCUCUGGAUUGGCACCAACGAUUUGGGCUAUGGGGCAUUCCUGACGGACUCUCAAGCCCCUGGAACGAACAUUACAUCUUAUAUCGACUGCGUAUGGUCUGUAUUCGAUACCAUCUACGCUACCGGUGGGCGGCGGUUCGUCCUCCUGAACACCGCUCCUCUCCAGCUCGCUCCGCUGUAUGCUUCGCAGAGCGGCGGCGGCGUUGGUGACAAUCAAUUUUGGCCGAAUAAGACGGCCUACAAUGAGACGGACUAUCAGUACAAGAUACUGGAGUACACCCAGUUGGUGGACCGGCUGUUUGACUAUGGCGUGCCAUUCGAGGUGCUGGUCAAAGGGAGGUGGCCGGACGCGACUUUCGAUAUCUUCGACGUGAAUUCGCUGAUAACAGACAUCCACGAUAAUCCGUCGGCGUACCUUGACGCGCCAGCGAAUGUGACUGGGUGGUACCACAACUGCAACACCGAAGGUGCGGACUGUGUCGAUGCAGUCGAACCGCUGGACACGUUCUUGUGGUACGACACGCUACAUCCGUCGGAAAGGACAGACGAGGUUAUUGCGAGGGAAUUUCUGGGGGUGGUUGCAGGGAACUCGUCCUACGGAACCCGCUAUGGUUCAUAA